CGUCAGAGUAAAUUUCUUUCAUUUUUCUCCUCGCGUAACAAAUGCUUCCUUCUUCUCUCGUGGAUCUUACUCUAGCUCGUAUCAAUGCUCCAUCUAAUCUGCAUCAGUCAAGACAUUUUCAGCGGAGCUCAAGAUAUCUGCAAAGUGCGGCCUUGAAGCUCAAACCACCGAAGGAAACCUCACCUGCAUACUACUCGAGGAGGAAUGAUAAAGAUAUUUCAUUGAAGAAACGAUCUAGACUUGAGGACGGCGGACUAAGAGUUCGCCCAGUACGCGACUCUCCAAAAGCAAUUUCCGAACUUUCGCAAAGAGUGAGAAAAUUAGAAGAGGUGGCCAUGGAACACCAAGCAGUUCUGGAUCCUCCAGCAUACACUGAAGAGCAGCUUCUAACAAUUUACGAAGACCUUCUUUCAAAUCCAGAGGUAGCACCUCAAACCGUGGAGACUCCAGUUACGGAGGACGAAUCAAAUGAAGAGAGGGACCAGUCGCUCUUGAUGCAGCUCGACCAAAGACUUGUGGCGUCAGUUGGUUCCCCAAACUCAUCGUCCGAAUCACUAUCCUCGAUGCUUCGGCGCAUGACGCGAGCCCACCGAUCACACGAAGUUCAACGUCAACAUGAAGACGUUCACCAAGAAGCGUACCUCAGGACUCUGGACAAAGUUGAAAGCCUUGUGUUGGAGUUGGAUGCAAUACAAGUGUGUGGUGACAAGCUUUCUGUUUCGCCGGGAGUGCUAUCUUUCUCGGAUUGGGAAGCACUAAUGCGCGUAGCAUUACGUGCAGAGGACCUCAAAUCAGCUCAGCUGGCAUCGGAGCUUAUGCAGAAAACCGGACUUGAUGUGACUGAAGAACAUGUCAAUACAAUUCUUGAAUACUUUGUUGAGCGAGGCGAUACCGUAGGUUUCGAAAACAACCUAAAACACUAUGUUCAAGAUAUCCCUACCGAACAGCAACGGCACCUUCACGUCAAAGCUCAUCUAAACGCGACCUCCUCCUCAACUUUCCCCACCUCAGCCCUUUCUAUUGUGCAUUCUUAUGAGAAUCAAGCUGCGCCUCCGCCGAUGAAAACAUACUCCAAAGUAAUCCAUCACCUCCUCACCGUUCCCCACUCAACUGCCCAAGCACAAGCAUGGGAUCUCUUCUCACACAUGCGUUACGUGUCCCAUCCAACCCCAGACGCUAUUCUCUACACCCAGAUGAUCCGUGCAUGUGCCUCAUAUUACACCGCCUCCCGUGCAGCAGAUCCAGAACGUGCUUUGGAUCUAUGGACUGAGAUGUGUAUUGACAACAACAUUACACCUUUGGCUGGGACAUACAACGCCAUUAUCUUAGCAUGUGCACGUUCAGGACGAAAAGUAUACGUGGCUGAGGCCUUCAGGCUCGCGAAGCAGAUGCUGGACUCGAGCAGGGAUGCUUGCGGGUUGCCUGCGUACCUUCCUGACAUUCUGACAUUCUGCGCGUUGUUAGAGGGUGCUAAACGGGUAGGAGACCUGGCGCGAGUUCGCUGGAUCCUGGCAGAGAUGAUUGGGGAGAAACAGCGCGGAGCAGCUGAUGUUACGGUGAAUGAGAAGGCGAUGAUGCAUGUCUUCCACGCCUAUGCGGCUUAUCAAGUACCGUUCAAACGGUCUAUGGCGUUGUUGGUGGAAGAAGAGGCUGGGGAUAAGGAAAAGGAAAAGGAUAAUGGCGAAUCGGAAAUCGCAUUACAGGAACAACAAAUAGACAAUACGGAAGCUCUGCCACCUGUUCCCGAAGCGAGGACGCCUUUAUUUACCCAUGUACCCCCACAAACUCACCACGAAGUCCUUGCAGAAGCCGAGAUUCUGUUCGCGCGGAUUCUUGAGGAAACCGGCGCAAAAGUUAAUUACGAGACGUUCGAAGACGCAUUUGUUCCGCAUCCCAAGUUCGGUCAAGUCCAAAUCACCGUCAGGUUGCUCAAUUCCUACUUGUCGGUUCAUUACAAACAUAAUUCGCUUGAGAACGCCAGAACUUUGUUCUGGAAGGUCUACGAAGAUUUGGGUGUUCAACGUAGUGCUAGGACAUACCAGGAAGCGAUGGAGCGAUGCGCGAAUCCAAAGCGGUCCGAAAGAGCGACAGCGCUUGACUUUGCAAAGAAGCUCAUGGACCAGUGGAAAGCCUCAAACAUGGAAGUUUCUAGAGAAGGAGAGAUAGCACCUGCGAGAACGAUCGAGAAACUGCACGCUGCCUAUAUCAAAAUCUUGAGUUUGACCGACAAUCUCGACCAGGCUCUGGAUCAUGUUAGGUCAUUCGUAGCACGAUACCACCCAUCGUCCGUACGGUGUUCACGACAGCCCCAAAAGCCGAAUUAUCGAUCGAUGAGGACAUCUCUCGUCGCGGCGCGACCCCUUGUACGGUUGAGCACCGAGACAGAGGUGCCCGAUGAUGGAGUGCCACCGUUACUUACGUUUAGUGACCUCGAGGUGCUGCAUCAUCGGCUUGUUGCUGCCAACCGAGGGGAAGCUAUUGGAUAUAUCAAGUACAUUUGCAAAGCGUAUGAGUGGGCCCUUCGAGUGAGACGGGAUGAAACUAUGCGCGCCAGGCCGAUGGAACCCGAGAAUAAAGAGGCGCUCGUUUCGCUGGACUAGACCUCGUUCCCACGCAUAUGAUGCACGGUCCUGAGGUACACAUCUGUCACGAUGGCGCUCCUCCAACUUCUUAUGGGUUGCUGAUUCUAAACUUCCGAACUCCUCGCUGUCGACGUGCAUGGGCUUGAGCUCGUUCUGUAGGUUUGCCGAGAUUCGAUGAGUCAACGUGCGCUGCGGAAUUUUAAUUAACCACCCACACUUCCAAUUGCAUCGCUUUUUCUGUUUACCAUCAACGUCGGGACAGCGACAUACAUCAUUUACGGAGAUCAGUGUCACGACUCACAGCCUUCAAGCUCAGUAUCUCAGCGCUUUGAUUUUGAAGCAAGCUGGCGGGAUCGCGGGAGGGUAUAUCCGAAGUCGAUACGUGUAAUCCCCUACAGGGGUCAAUAUUCAGCCCAAGUGUACAGUUACUUCCGUCAAAUCAUGAUGUAUACUUGCGAUUCAACGCCUUCAUCAUUUCACGGGCCUUUCUAAACAUCUCGCUUAAAUUCGACCGGGGACUUAUCGUGCUUGCGAGCUGCCAUCAUGGAGGAG